AUGAUCCAAUUCUCGGAAGAGACCAAAGAGCGCAUCUCGAAGAUCAUCGACAUCACCCGGGAAGUUGUUCAUUAUGGCUAUCUACCUUUGAUUCUUUAUUUGGGUUAUACCCGAAGUGAACCCAAACCGGCCUUGAUCAACUUAAUAUCACCGUUUGCAAACUGA